GACUUGAUGUUCACAAUCUAUUCCAGGUACUGUGAACUUUACGCUAGUGUAAUCUAUUCCUUUCUGUUGUAAAGAACAUUUUUUGUCGUAAACUAGUACCUUCAAACUAAACCGUAUCUUCCGAGAGUUAUUUGGGUCUUGGACGCCCCUUGAAUUAAUGGCUGCGUCCUCUUCAUCUUCUUCUGCGGGUGGUGUGAGCGGCAGCUCGGUCACUGGCUCUGGAUUCAGUGCAUCAGAGCUCAUCCCUCCAAGGAAAGUCUUAUACACUUAUCCCAAAGGUGCAGGAGAAAUGAUGGAAGAUGGUUCUGACAGGUUUUUAUGUGAGUCUGUAUUCAGCUACCAAGUUGCCUCUACUCUAAAACAGGUUAAACAUGAUCAACAAGUGUCUAGAAUGGAGAAACUUGCAAGUCUGGUGGAAGAGCUGGAAGCUGAUGAGUGGCGGUACAAACCAAUAGAGCAGCUACUUGGAUUCACGCCAUCCUAAGGAAAUCCAAGCGAUUAAAUGAGCCAAAUAAAACAUGUCAUUAAAUAUGUUUGAUAUUUCACUUUGUAUGGGAUAUAUCCCUCCUUUAUGUUUUUUCCCUUGUAAAACUGAAUAAAAUUAUAAUAAUUACAUUUUUUUUUUACUUUUGCCAUUGUUUGUUUUAUGUGUGAAACAACUGUUAAACUCAUUUUGGAUCAAAAUUACAAUCUGUUAUUUCCCUCAUUGUUAAAAUUAUUAAUACAUUUGUCCAUAAUUUCCUUCAUGUAACAUAUUAUUUGCCAUUAUAGUUGCUCCACAAUUCACCUGUCAAGUUUUUCUCCUAAUCUCCAUCUUAAAAAGCACUUCAUACAAAAUAAAAUAAAAUAAAAUAAAAAGAUGUAAAUAAAGUUGGACAUUCUUGACA